ACAUAAGGAUAUAUUUAAUGGUAAUGCUUUUUUCAAACAAAUCAUUAAGUUUCAAAUUUGACAAGUCUCGACUUCUAAGGAUACUUUAUCGCUACACUUUUGAUAAUUAACGAAACCUAGGGUUUAUAAAAAUCUUUAAAUUUCAGUCAAAGGAUCCGAACGUUGUUGAUUUGCUGUAGAGACAAAAUACAAUUAAGCAAUGGGUGAUUUAUACUUUAUGCCACUUUCAGCACCAUGUCGCAUUGUUCAAAUGACAGCAGCUGCACUCGGAAUUAAACUAAAUCUAAUCAACGUUGAUCCAUACAGAAAGGAACAUCUGACACCAAAGUUUCAAAAACUUAAUCCACACCGCACAGUUCCAGUUCUUGUUGAUGGUGACUUGACACUAUUUGAAUCGCGGUCAAUUUGCAUCUAUUUAGUUGAGAAAUAUGCUAAGGAUGAUCAUUUAUAUCCAAAAGAUCCGCAGAAAAGAGCAACUGUUAAUUGUAGACUAUAUUUUGACGCUGGAACACUUUUUAAGCAAUUCGCUGAAUUUUACUAUCCACAAAUUCUACAAAAAUAUCCAGCAGACAAAGACAAGCUCAAACUCUUCCUAGAAGCUAUGAAUAUCCUUGAAAUAUUCUUAACAGACCACAAAUACGUUGCAAAUACAGAAACAAUGACAGUUGCAGAUAUAGCAGUUGUAGCAACAAUCCAUGCAUGUGAAUUAAGUGGCUAUAAAUUAUCUAAACAUCCAAAUAUCCAUCGAUGGUAUGGUUUGAUGAAGAAAACAUGUCCUGGAUGGAGUGUCAAUUUAAAAGCGGCUGCAUUAUCAAAACAUUUCAGCACAAAAAUUUGCUACGAUUUAUAAUUUGUUGACUAUUUGAUUAGAUAAGAUUAAUGACUUUGUGCUUUGAUUGAGUGACUUGAAAUUAUUAUUUUUUGUGUUUGUAAACAUUUAAGGUUGAUUUCUGUGAGCGGCAGAAGUGUCUAAUAAAUUGUUAAAGAGUU